GCCACAACCGCCUCCUCUGCGUUUCGUUGACCUCGCGUUUCCUCAUACCCGCCCCCCACUUUGUCGUGGAACUUUUUCCGCGACCAUGAUACUUUUACCGCAGCCUUCCAGUCGUUAAACGACACUUAGAUGUUUACCGCUGCCGCACGAAGUACACUGCAUACGCGUACCUGAAGUUGGACCAACUGAGAUGCCUUCCCGCGUCCCAGGGCGUGGCUGAUGCUACCUGAGCAUCUAUAAAUGAUGUAUCCGAUGCACACAGAUUUCCUGUCACUAAGCAGCUACUAGGCCUGGCGAGGCCGGUCUCGCCGCAAACGAGGAGCGAGGAUGGCCGAAUUGGCAGCGGCUUUGCACCAAGAGGCGCUUAAUACGCAUGUCGAUGACCUGAUUCGAGAAGGGGAUGCGUCAGGACGGCCAAUUGACCUCUUCAGCAAUGAAAGUGAUGAUGGCGUUCCUGCGGUUCAGCUGGCUUCGCGGAGUCGAAAUGCGACAGCGACGGGCACACCCGCACAGCCAGCUUUGUGGGGGCGCGAGGCGCUUGGCGGGAAAGCGAUGGCAGCGACAGCCGCAAAAGAGACGCGGGAGUCCAAACAGAAGGAGCGGGGCCUGCGUGCGGCAGUCACGCGAUGGAUGCGGGACGCAGACCUGUCACAGGUGCCGGAGCCGCAGCCGCAGCAGCCCAGCUCGCGCCCCCCUUCUGCCUGUGCCCCUGUCGGCCCGGCAGCAGCCCAAGCGGCGGCGCUGGUUGCUGCUACAGCCGCAGCGGCCGCGGGGGCAGCCCGCUCGCUUGCCUCCCAGCCCAGCCGGCUGCCUGCAGGAGCGGCCGCGGCUGUCAUGGCGGCCGCGGGCUUACCCGGCACGCGGAGGGCAGGCGCCGCCAGCGCGGCAGGGGAACACGACCUGGAGCACCUGUUGGAGCUGGCGGCUCGGGGCGACGCGGGGGCUGCAGCGGGAGCGGCUGCGGCGCUGGCCCGACAGGCCACCAGCGGCCUAGACGGCUUGGUGGUAGCAGGAGGAGGAGCAGGCCUGGGCGCGGCGGCGGCAGGCGCGGCAGGAGCAGCGGGCGGUGACGGCAGUGAGGUGCCGUUGAGCUGGAGGUACCGGCAGCACCGGGCGGGCAUGCGCCCGGCGAAGGCGCGUGCCAGCACCGAUGACGGCGGCGCCGUGGAGGCGGCGUGGGGCGUCAGCUCGCCUCUAGUGGGCGGUGGUGGAGGCGGCGGACGCGGGCGCAGCGCGCAAGGCAUGGCACCGAGGAGCAGCGAGGUAGGCGGGCAGCGGACCAGUGCAACGGGGAUCCAGCCCUUUGGUGCGCCGUCCAAUAGCACCACGCAGCGCGGCCUGCCCAGCCCCAGCCCGCGUGGGCUUGCGCGCGGCCGGAGUGGCGGUCUUGCCGCGGGUGCAGCUGCGGGUGAGGCUGCAGGUGCAGGCGCAGGCGCGGGCGCGGGCGGCGCCAAGGGCGCGUGGCAGCUGCCAGGCAGCAACUGGUGGGCUGCGUUCCAGGCGGGCGAUGGAGACAAGGACAAGGACCCCAGGGAGAAGGCGGGCACAGCUACCGGCUUCCUGCGGUCUGCAUUGCCGCAGUCCGUCGCAAGCGGGGAGCCCGCGGGCGCCGGGCCGGCGGCGGCGGCCGGCUUUCGGGACGCCGACUCCCGGCUCGGCAACGGCGCCGACGGCGAAAGCUCGGACCCAGAGACGCCGUUGCCCGGCGGCGGCAUGCCCGGCGCCGACCCCAUCACCGCCACGGCCUUUGGCUUUGAGCGCACGCCCGCACCAGCGCGCGGGCUGGCGCCGGCCGUCAACUUUGCGCUGGGCUUGGGGCCGGGCAUGACUCUCGCGGAGAUGAAGGCGACCGGGGCCGGCGGCGGCGGCGGUGGCGGCGGGCGGAAGAAGGCGACGUUCCUCCUGACCGCCGGCUCCGACAACGACGGCGGCGGCUCGGAGCUUGCAUGGGGCCGUGCGCAAAGCUUUGACGCUCGCAGCGCCUACAACCGCUCGCAGACGGCCAUGUCGACGUUGUCUGUGGCGCAGCGGCGCUUCAGCGUGGCUGACUUGGAGGCGAUGCGGGCGGCUCGGGAGGAGGAGGAGGAGGACGCGGCGGCGGAGGCGGUGGGCGGGAAGCGGAGGAAGAAGCGGAGGCACCGGCACCACCGGCGCACGUGGCGGGAGCGGCUGCAGAUGUUCCACCCUCUCACGGUGAUGGACGCGUGCCUGCCCAUCCUGCGGCCUGACACCAUCGGCCGCCGGAUGUGGGACCUGUUGGUCAUGGGCAUGGUGGUGUGGACAGCGGUGACGGUGCCGCUGUCCGUCAGCUUCGGCACGCCCCGGACGCUGAUUUGGGACGCCGCUGACCACAUCAUGACAGCCCUGUUCGGUGUGGACCUGCUCGUCAACUUCCGCACUGCCUUCUACAACCACCAGGGCGAGCUUAUUCGCGACUCGGCGGCCAUUGCCGCGAACUACAUGAAAAUGUGGUUCUGGAUCGACUUGUCGGGUACCAUUCCUUGGGAUGCUCUUAUCACGGCCACUGGCGUGUUCUCCGGCCACCAAGACAACAGCACCACACUGGCGGCGCUAGGUUUUCUCAAAGCGCCGCGCAUGCUGCGUCUGGGGCGGCUGCUGCGCUUCCUCGACGGCUUUAAGAACGCCAAGAUCUUCCGCAUUGUUCAGCUGUUCAUGGCUAUGAUCCUCAUCAGCCACUGGUUGGCGUGCAUCUGGUACAUGAUGUACGCCUUCGGCGGUAAGAACAAUGCCGAGGAGUGGGCGUUCAUGAAGGCUACCGUGCCUGACGGCGGCAGCCAAGGACUCGCCUACUACAUCAUGCUGUUCUACUCCUCAUUCCUGUUGCUGGUGGGCGACAACAUCAACGCCUACAACAACUACGAGCGCACCUUCUACUGCGUGGUGGAGGUGCUGGGCGUGUUCUUCUACUCGGCGGUCGUGGGUCAGAUGGCCACGCUAGUCGCCACGCUCAACGUCACCAUCAACCGCCACGGGCAGAAAAGCAUCAUGACGCAGGACGCACUGCGUUACAUGGGCGUUCAGGACAAGGUCAAGGACAAUGUGCAGAGCUUCUUCGACUUCCUGCAGGAGCGGAGCCACCCCGGCGCCGAGGGCAUGGCCUUCCUUCGCGAGCUGCCCUCCAGCCUGCUGCGGGAGCUGCAAAUGUAUCUGUACUUCAAGUCCGUGGAGAAGGUGCCACUGUUUGCCAGCCUGGAGCGCGGCUUCCUGCGAGCGCUGGCGCUGCGCGUGCAGCUGCAGUCCAUGCAGCCCGCGGAGCCCGUGUUCCGAGUGGGCGACGUGGGGCACUGCAUGUACUUCAUCCGCAAGGGCUGUGUGGCGGUGACCUCGGCCCAUCACGAGAUGGUGGCGCUGUUGAAGCAGGGCGAGGUGUUUGGCGAGGUGGCGCUGCUGUCCACCGGCAAGCGCACCGCCAACUGCACUGCGCUGGGGUUCGUGGACCUGGCCGUGCUGGGCAAGGCCGAGCUGGCGGCAGUGAUGGCCGACUUCCCUCAGAGCGCGGCGCUCAUCCGGCAGCGCGCCGAGGAGCGACUUACCGAGCUGGCAGUGAGCCGCAAGCUGUGGCUGCCCGGCGAGUUCGAGGAUGAUGACGACUUCUUCGAGGCGCACGCCGCCGGCCGCCACGCCUACGCCCAUGCCAACUCCCACAAGGAGGCGGCGGACGACGGCUCCGAUGAGCGCGGCGAUCACGCAAGCGACGGCGCCGAGCGCGAUGACGGUGGUGGUCACUAUGGCGAUGGCGAUGAUGGUGAUGGGGGCGAGGGUGGGGUGCAUGGCAAGUCCGGCAGCCGCCCGCCGCGGCUGCAGCCCGUGGAGGAGGACGAGGAGGACGACAGCCCCGGCUCCGAGCAGGAUCUCGGCAAGGGCGCGCGAGCCACAGGCGUGUGGGAAAAGGAUGAGGGUGGCGAGGACGAGGAGGAGGCGGGGGAGGAGGAGGCUGGUGGCGGCGGCGGCGGCCUGGCGGCCAGACUGCUGCAGGGCGGCAGGGCACGUGACGUGGACCAGGUGAGCUCCAUCAAGCGCCGCGAGGGCGCCGCCGCGGCCUCCGCCACGGCCGCGGAGGCACUGGCUGUGCGCCGCGUGGCGGUGGAGGCCUCCGCUUUCGCACCUGCACCGGGAGCGACGCCGGCGGAGGGCCGUGUGGUUGGAUCGCAGCGGGCUGAGCCGACGCCGCCCGAGCCGCAGCAGCCGGCGGCGCCCUCGGCGGCAGUGGCACAGGCGCCGUCGCCGCCGGCGGCGGCGGCGGCCGCAGGGCAGGAAGCGGGCGGCCGCCCCUCCUUGGGCUCCUCUCGCGCUGGCAGCCGGCGGUACUGGCGCGAGGUGCGCGAGCCGGCGCCCACAGACGUGCUGCAGCUGACGCCGAGGCGCGGCGGCGACGGCGACAGCGACAACGGCGAUGGGCAAGGCCGCGCAGGGGAAGAAGCUGCUGCUGCUGCUGUGGCUGUGGCUGUGGCUGUGGCUGCUCCUGGUGGUGAUGCUGGUGGUGGGAGUGGUGGCAAGCAAGCGCCUCUGGCCGCGCUGUCGGCGGCGCAGGCGGCGGCGCUACUGCUGGACGACUCCGCCGCCGGCCGGCCCGGCUCGCCAUCCUCACGCCCCGCCAGUCGUGUGUAUUGGCGCUCGAUCGACAUCGCUCGCCCGACAGACGUGCUGCAGCUCACGCCGCGCGGGGAGGAGGAGCGGCGGCAGCAGCAGGAGCAGGCGGCGGCGGCAGCGGGAGGGGGGCGGCAGGCCGCCAGCCUAGACCUGACGGGGCCGUCGGCUCGCCGCAUCGCGGUCGCUGCAGCCCGGGCCGUUGAGCAGCAGAGCGCCCGGUUGCAGCGGCUGUACACUCGCGGCUCCUCGCAAAAGCCCAGCACCGGCGCCGGCUACACCAGCAUGGCCAGCAGCACCAGGGACGGCGUCUCAGCGGUGUUUCCAGAGCCAGGCCCAGGCGACGUCGCCUUGGUGAGCCGCAUGAGCAGCAGCGAGCUCUCCAGCAUAGCGCCGCCGCCGCCGGCGCGGCCUGCUGCUGCAGCUGGUGCCGGCGGUGCUACAGCCCGGGGCCAGUCGCAGGCCGGCCUCGCCGCCCCUGACAUCUUCAGCUCCUCCCUCUACGUGCCGUCCGUUGGCGCCGUCCCGGGCGCCGGCCGGCAAGGCGCCGGCACUGGCGCCGGCACCGGUCGCGUGGGGCCGGGGCCGGUGGCUGAAGCCAUGCUUGAGGCUAUCUCGCCCCCGAUCGCGCCAUCGCCCGGCGGCGCCGCUGGUGCUCCGAACCAGCACAACCCGCUCAGUCCUGGCCGGGGCGUCACCACUGGUGGCAUCGCGCCCGGCAGAUCUACCGGCGGCGGCGUCCGAGGCGGCGUGCCCACAGCCACCGCCAACCAGCGGCGCUCCAGCGCGCUUUCGAGCGGCGCCCAAGACGCAGCUGCUGAUGACCUAGUGGCGGCGGUGCUGGCCGCCGGCGGCGUGCCGCUCGACGGCCCGGCCCGAGGCAACGGCCACCCCUACGGCCACCCGCACCGUGCCUUUGCCACGCCCAGCCCCACACUGCCAGCCGACGCGGCGGCCGCGGCGGCCGCGGCGGCCGCGGCGGCCGCGGCGGCGGCGGAGCCGGACGCCACCGCGCCGGCACGGCUGCCGCGCAGCGGCGCCGCCACUGGCUCGGGAAUGGCGGCAGCGGGAGCGCGCGGGACGAGCGGUGGUAUGAGCACCGGCGCCGGCAUGCUAUCGAUGGCGGCGGCGGGCUCACGAAACACCACGGCCACGGGCCUCCUGCGCGGCGGCCCCGGCCGCCACCUUUCCCGCCGCGCCAGCAAGCUCACCUCCUGGUACAUGGAGCAGCUGCUGCAACACGAGGCAGCGGACGCGGCAGAGGAGGCACGGGAGGAGAUGGCGGCGCAGCAGCAGCAGCAGCAGCACGAGCGGCCGCCCGGCGAGGCGAGCCGCGGCUCGAGCCGGCGUGCGGGGGCGGACCUGUUGUCGCCAAUGUCGCGCGGCGGCGGCGGCGGUACGGCCACCGGCCAGUACGGCCGCAGCGCGAGCACCGUUCAUAUGCACUCCAGCCCGCAGCGCGGCGGCGGCGGUGGCGGCGGCGCCGGGCAUGUUAGGGAUGCCGAGCAUCCUGACGGCGGCGGCGGCGGCGAUGGCGGAAUGGUGCUGUCACCAGUGCGCCUGAUCGGCGGCGGCGGCCGCGGCGGAGGCGGCGGCAGUAGGGUGCCGCGGCUGGCGCUGCCGGACCCGAACGCGCCGCCGCCGGCAUCGGCGGCGGCGGCGGCGGUGGCGUUUGCCCCUGACGGUGCUGACAUCCACAUGCGUGUGGUCAUCUCCAGGCGCCCCGGGAGCGCCGACACCGGCACAGCGUCCGUGGCAGGAGGAGGCAUCGUGUCACCGCCGCCGCACGGCGGCGGCGCGGCAGGGGCGCAGCACCGGCGCAACAGCCGCCGGGAGAGCAUGAUCCGCCUGGACGGCGGACCCAGCAGCGUUGGCGGCUACAGCGCGGCGGCUGUGGGGAGUCCGAUCUCGCACUAUGCGCGGCGCAGCUCCGGUCUGAUAACAGGCACGGGGCUGCUGGCCCUGGGGGCGCCGCCGCCGCCGCCGCUGCACACCUACGUGCCGGUGUCGUCCGGCGGCGCGGCGGUGCAGAAGCUGCCGGAUGGCGGUUACUACGUGUCGGAGAAGCAAUGGGACCAAAUCAUGGCGGUGCUUAAGUCGGUGCAGGGCUGUGAGGAAGCGCUGGCCGACCUUGAGGAGCGGGUGGUGGAGGUGGAGGGCGGCAUUCAGCGCCUGGAGGCCGGCACCAACACACAGUCAAUGUCCAUGUCCAUUCUCGGCGGCGCCGCAGCUGUUGGCGGCAGUGGAGCCGGAGCCGGCGGCGCGCUGACGCGGCCCUCGACCGCGGCGGCGGCCGCUGGCGGCCUGCGCGCCGGCUACGGCGCCGGCACCGGCGGCAGCGGCAGCAACGACGCUGCGUCGCUAUCGGGCACUGCGCUGACGGAGCUGCUGGGCGGCGGGCCGGCUGGCGUGUUCCGGGGCUCUAUCAGCGGGCCGCGCCGUGGCAACCCGAGCAGCACAACGGGCACGCCUCCAAUGCUGGGGUCGCUGGGCGGCACUCCAUCCAACCGGCGAGUGGCGGGUGGGGGUGGAGGCGGCGGAGGCGGCGGGCAAGGGUCGGCGUCUGGGGAGCAGGAGCAGGGGCAGGGCCGCACAGCGGCGUCGCGGUGGCGUGGCGUGGCGGCGGCUUCCACCAUGGCAUCCGCACUGUCCACCACUUUCAAACGCGGCGGCGCCGGCGGCGGUGGCGGCGGCGGCACCACCGGCGAAAGCCCUGGAAACACGGCGUCAGGCGGGCUCGUGCCGACCACACCCUUCGAGUUGUUUGCAGCCGCUCCGCGGCCGCUCAGCAACGGCGGGGCGGCGGGGCUCGGCGGAGGGUCGGGCAUGCAGCCGCCGCUCGCAGCCGUGGCCAGGCACCCGCUCGGGCGCGCAAGUGUCGACGUCGCCAGGCCCACGCCAGGCGGCCUGGGGGCGUCCGUGGGCGGCCCGCCGGCGGCGGCGCCGCCGCCACGUGGCACGGUGUCGUACAACGGCAGCGGCGCGGCGGCGGCCGCCAUGGGAAUAGGCUUCACCACGGCCAUGGCUGCUGGCGGAGUCGGCGGAGGCGGCGGGAGUUUUGUCGCCAGUUCGCCUGGCGGCGCCGCGGCCGCUUCGGCGGCGGCGGCGGCCGCUGCAGCAUUUCUGGGCAAGGGCGACGGCGCCGCCAGCGGCGGCCCACAGCAGCUUCGCAUGGGCUCGCGGGCUGGUGCGCGCCGCGGCGGCGGCGGCAGCGUGCGUACCAACCAGGUAGUUCCGCUGCAGGCCGGCGGCAGCAGCUCGGCGGCGGCCCUGGCGGCGGCGGCGGCGGCGGCGGUUGCGGCGGACGGCGGCGACACGCAGUCGUGGGUGCUGCCGCGAGGGGCGCACGGCUCGCAGUCGUGGAUGCCCUAUGGCUCUGAGGCGCUGGGGAACGGGGAAUGAGGCACCAGCGUUUCGCGGACGGGCACGUUGCUUGUUGCAGCGGGUGGUUGUGACGCGCAGUGCGCAACAGGGAGCCCCAGGGGGCGCACCAUUUCAUCGUUAACUGCUUCUACUCGGGAUGCUAGUUGCUAACAUUGUUCAGCGAGUAAAUAACGCGCGGAGGCACUGCAAAGGAAGGAGGCAGGGCCGGAGAUGCAAGGCCGCUGUUUUGUCAUGUGUAGGGCAAGUGUUUGCCCCGGGGGGAACAUGGCCUCGUUCUGAGGGUGAGGGUUAUGCGAAGCACUUUACGAGCGACUGUGGCCAGGAGCAAAGUCCCGCCAUAAGUAGCAUAACUUUGGUCAUAUUGUACUUAGGGGGUACAAUGGUACAGGGGGUUGGCGCUUUGGGAAAGUGGUUGGCCCGUUGGCCGACGCUCUCGGUGUGCUGUGACCGCCGUCCCGCUCGCUCCUGAAACAUGGGGUGUGAGGCGGCCCGCGCGAGCCUGGCACGUACCACACGCCGCCAGCCGCAUCACGCAUGGCGGGACGGUGGUCGUGCGCGGGUGCCCGCGCACCCUCGCGUGGUCCAUCGUACGUGCGAUUGGUUGUGGAGGCUGCUGCGACGGAAGUUGCUUGGCGGACAGGGCUUGCUGCUCGCGGACAAGCCAAUAAAGGUUUCGUGGGUCUUGCGGACUCCCGCUGUUGGAUUGAUAGUCAUGCUCUGUGCGUCCACCGGCACACGGUACCGUAACUUGGUUCGUGUCUGCGGAUUGCGCGUUGGCCCGCGCGGUGUCAUUGCGCCGACUGGCCACACAGCUUGGAGUUGUUGCCGUCAUCAAGUUUGGGGCUAGGUGCCCGGUCUGGUUUGUCGUGGACACAUGAUUGGCGUGCGUCACAAAAAUGGUUUAGGACUACCUCUCAUAUGAGAAGGGCAAUGCUUGUCCCAGCAGUUUGAACUACGGUACUUUGAAGACGCCUGUGUUCACCGUAUGUGUUUUGUAUGAUGGGACACAAUUGGUGAUGGGCCUACAGUUGCUGAGCGCCUUGGAGAUAUUCAUCCAAGGGCUUCGUUAAUGGGGACAGGGUCACUCCCUGACUGACAGGCCGCACACCGUGACUAAUAUCUUCGGUUUCCGUAAUUCCCUGGCGCAUUUGGGUUUUAAAAUGGUAUUUGGGGUCGUGGCGUGCAGUUCACAUGAGCCCAAGCGCUAUCCUUCGCUGAUGUUGUGCGGAGGGGCAGGGCAAGGCUGGGUGAGCUGGUGAAGAUGCUUUCUGAUGCCUGUUAAUAUGUUCUUAUGUAUGUUACAGUUGCAAGCCCAGCUGGUGCUUGUUCGUCCUUGGGGAUACCAUGCUUUGUAGCAGCGGGGCCAAUAGCAGUACCAUAAGGUGGCAUGCAGUGUGGCCAUAUCGGAGUUAUGCCUGAGCUCGGUGUUCCUCCAAGAUGGCAAGGCGGCGAACAAGAGACCCACACGGCAUUCUACUCAUGAGCUAGCGCAGGCGGUAGCAGCGAGGUGUGUGUCCGCACGAGACCGCACGAGGCGGUCUUGGGUGGUUGUAAAUGUGGCGACGCGCGGAGACCAUGCACGCGCAUUAGAGACGUGUGUGUGGGAGGGGUGGCUUGGGCCAAAGGCCAGGUUGCACGUCUGUAACACACGCACUUC